GGCGGGCACAUGGACCAAGGGGAAACCACGUUGUCAGACCAGUUCUGAUGAGUCUCAGACGUAUAUUUGAGUAUCCAAGAUUAACAUCUGUGCCUCACCGUAGCAUGUAACGCCAGUCUCCCAAAGUCGCGUUUUACGUAUUUUGCCAUUUUUAACCGCACAAGUGGAUUAUUGUAAUAUAUAUAUAUAUACGGGUAUAUUUUUAAAUAUAUGUUUUAUUAUUGUUAUUAUUAUUUAUUUAUUUAUUUAAACUACAAAACUGAAGUGGGCUUUCACACAGCAAGUGUUUGAUCAAUGAAAUGGAGCGAGAGGAUCUAUUGAGGGAGAACUUAACUUUCUCCUUGCUGAAUAGUCAGCCAGUUUGUAGCGAAUGGAAGCUGGAUGUUCAGGAUGCUGUCUACCACCUCGCUAAUAUUUUGUUAGUUUUAGGUUUCAUGGGAGGAAGUGGCUUCUAUGGUCUUCUCUACCUGUUCUUUUUCUUGUCAUUGGGUUUUCUUUGCACUUCGAUAUGGGCUUGGAUGGAUGCUUGUGCUGCCGAUAUUUUCUCGUGGAAUUUUACCCUUCUAGUGAUCUGUGCGGUACAGAUGGUGCACGUCGCCUACCAGCUCAGGAGUGUCACUUUUGACAGAGAAUUCCAGGACCUUUAUGGAUGCAUCUUCCAGCAACUGGGGAUUCCCCUUACUGUCUAUGGGGAAAUAGUUUCUUGUUGCGAUGGGCAGGUGACCACUUUGGAAAAAGACCACUGCUACGCAAUGGAAGGCAGAACCCCUAUCGAGAAUCUUGCAAUUCUGCUGUCAGGAAGGAUCCGCGUGACAGUUAAUGGGGAAUUCUUACAUUAUAUUUACCCCUAUCAAUUCCUGGAUUCUCCCGAAUGGGAUUCGCUCAGACCUUCAGAAGAGGGCACUUUUCAGGUGACGUUGAGAGCAGACACAACGUGUCGUUAUGUGGGCUGGAGGCGAAAGAAACUGUAUUUACUCUUUGCUAAACACCGUUAUAUCGCCAAACUGUUUUCGGUCCUGAUUGGGAAUGACAUAACUGAGAAACUCUUCUCGCUGAACGACAAAGUUUAUGACAGAGAUGGAAUUCGCUAUGAUCUCAGAUUACCCAGUUUUUGUCACGCGGCGUUGCCAGAUUUAGAAAAGAACCCGACUCCGCCGGCGCUGGGCAGCCUUUCAAGAAGACAGCGGCAGAGUUAAAGAAAGUAUUCAAUAUUGGUCGAACUUAAUCUGUAAUACACACCGAAUUGACUGGUAUACUUUUUUUUUUUUUUUUUUUAAAGCUAAGGCUAGUUUUUGUAAGUGCAGUGAUUUAUUAACUUUUGUAAAGGCCUACUGACAGUGAUGCACAGGCAUAUUACACAAGUCUAUUAUUGCCUAUUGAUUUUGUGUUGUACAUUUACACAAAACAAACUUGUAUAACAUGAUGUGCUACAAACCUUAUUAUUUUUGUAUUUAUAUUUUACUUUUUUUACAAAUAUUUUGUUAAUAGCAUUAUUAGCAAUUAACUUUUCAUUUUUAUGAUGGUGUUCAGCUGUUUUCUUACAUUCUAGCUGUGUUGUAUCACCCAUGUCAAGAAUAUGUUUUGUUUAUGAUGCUUUGUAAUUACAAAUGCAUUCCUAAGAAGUAAAUAAUAACAAAGGCAUACUACAAUGAGAUUCUUGUUGUCUCUAAUUAAUCAUUAAAAGAUUGGGUAACAAUUUUGAGUGACAUGAAUAAGUCAUAUGCAGUUAAGGAUACAGCUUUCAGGAUUUUAAGAUCAUUCUUAACAGGUAUGUUACAUCUUGUUGGUGAAAUCUGGGCCCAUUCUGUCUU